AUGUGGAAGAGGUUAUUCAGUCAUUCACCCGGAGGCACAUCGGGAAACAGCGAUGAGGAAUUGCCAAAGCCGAAGCCGUUUGGCUUCAAAGACUUCAAUCCGCUUCUGAUGAAGUGGCUUUAUGACAAUGAAGGCACCAAACGCAAGAUAUUCUUUGAGAAAAUGGAGCUCAAGACACAGAUGAAUCGCGAAAGUGUAAGUUUAUAUUUACAUCGAGAUUUGAGUUUAUUUGAUUAUGAUUACAGUUUUUUUGGCUUACUUUACUAAAAGUAUGAUUAUAUAAAAUGGCGUUUUCAGCAAAUUAAUUGUAAAUAGUAUGAAGUUUUAUAUAUCAAAUGAAAGCCAUUUAAGCACUCUAUCAAAUGAUAUAUAGCACUAAGAUUUAUAUGUAUAUUAACUAUUGUAAAAGCGACAUUAAAGGUAAAAUGCAAUGGUUUUUAAGCUACUCUUUGCAUUAUUAUCUUCUACAUUACAGUAAAACUACUAUAUUUUCAGCUCGCCUACAUUGCAAUCGGAAUGUUAUCAUGUUACGUUGGCUUUGGUUAUCGUCGUGAGUUGGUAUCCGACCUGAUCGGCUUCUGUUUCCCAUUUUAUCUUACACUGAAGCUACUGAAAGCGAAGAAACGAAGACGCCGUGAUCAACGUUCUCUCCUCAUCUACUGGACCGUCUUCGCUUUGUGCCAAGUUGCGGACGACUUUUUUGGCGACAUGUUACCUGCAUACUUUUUGUUCAAGACUGUGUUUUACGUUUACUUGAUGAUACCGUCGACUGGAGGCAUCUACUACGUUGAAAAGGGUCUACUGACUAGGCUGGACACUUAUGUUUGCGGUUUUAUUGACUUAGUAUGUCGAUAA